AUGAGUCCUCGCAGCGCACGCAGCGGCUCCCCAGUUUCGACAGUAAGCUCGACCGGUGGAUCUAACGGCAAGGAUUUCAACGGCGUCGGAAAUCUCGCACGAGCAGACGGAGAUCUCAUCCCAAAGUCAUUCGAUCUUAACGAGGACAUGUACUCAGAUCCAGAGGAGACUGUAGACAAGAAUGCUGAUCUGAAUCUGCUCAACCCUCACAUGCACGAUCGGUCUAUCUCUUACGGCGAGGGAAUCCCGCCAGAAGCCUACCUACUCCAAAACCAUCUAAGAAGGAUGAAUCUCGAGGAAUCCAUCCAAAGAACUUUCUCAGCGCCGAUUUCUUCAAGACUUGGCCAUCUCCAAAAUCCAAAUAUCUCGAAUUUCACCCACACUUCUGAUGACGCUUCCGAUCUGCACCCUUCGUCACUCCAAAAGCAAUCUUCUCAGGAGCUGGCAGAUCUCGUCCAGCUGCCGAUUCAGACUAUCAUUCAGCUCUCGCCGCCUCAUUUACUCGACCACGCUAAAGAACAGUACGCUGCUUGUGGCUUGACAUUCCCCACGCCAUCCAUUUCUUCCUUCUUGACUGUCUCAAAGGCUUUGAACUACUUGUCUGUCUUUCUGGCUUCCCCUCAGCAGUCCAAGCGUAUUGGCGCUCCAGUUUUCAACUUAUCGUGGGACAUUGGCGAAAUGUUGCAAGGUGUCGCCGACAGUAUAGCUGGUUUGGCUGCUGAACGCUCCAUCAACAUCAUAAUUGCUCAUUCUGGUGCAAACUUGCAGCACAUUUCUGUUAAAGGUAGUUCCUCCGCCAUCAAUGAGGGCUCUCUGGCUUUCGGUUUGUUACAUAUAAUUAGAAAGAUACUAUAUACAGCCCUGCCAGGAUCUUCAUUGGAGAUUUGUCUCUUCCUCACACCAGAUCUUUUAGAAGAUGAACCUACUGAUCCCAACGAACCCAACGAAAAUAAGAUUACACGCCUCAAUUGCACGUUCGAAAUUCACCACCAUAAUCCUAGUCCCGCAGUGUCCAACACAAAACACAACAGCGUUCCUUCACCUUUCCUUGCAAACCUCGUCACCAGUCACAUACUGAGCGAACUCGUCGCCGAUCUUUGCUCACGGCCAGUGUAUGCUAACGCUUCAAAUGAGCCUCAUCGGAGGAGCUACAAUUUUGUGCUAACUCUAUUUAAAGGUGACCAAUUACCUGAAAAUCACCACGAGAAUGCUGAAAAUGAAGCUAGCCGACAGCCUUUCGGACAGAAUUUCCCGCUUGCACGCGAACCAACGCUCAGGGAACUCGAGCAUUGUGCUAGUCGCACUCUACAAAAUUACGAUGCAGAAUUAUAUUGCCAUUCAGAAAGUGUUUUUGCAAAGCACGUCUCAGGAUACCUUUCUUCGUGGGGAAUGACAACCGAGGUACACAAUAUAUCAAGUAAUGAGUACCACGAAGAUCUCUCUCCACAAAGUGCAUUGUCCAAGGCAUCUCCAAUGGCUAUUCCGGGAGCGCGUGCAAGCUUGGUUGAGGAUUCAUCACGGGAAGCAUCAAAGAAUAGCUCGUCGUUUGAGAGUGCAGUUGGUAGUGUUGCAAGUAGUAGCGCUAGUGGUACUGGGUUUGAUCGUGCAAGUAAAGAUUCAAACAGACCUCGGUUUGUCAUUAUCGAUGACGAAACCACGCUAUUUAAGAAGAAACUUAGACAAGAGCGGCUAAAGGUUAUUAGGAGAUAUCAUAAAUCAAUGGCAUCUCACACGAGAUCAUCCAACAACCCCACUCCGAGGCCGACCUUACGUUCACAGCGCACUAAUACCAAUACAAGUCAAUCAACUCCACAGAAUCAAGAUCAUCAUUCUCUUCACUCACAUCAUUCACACGAUAACAGCGGGCCUUACUUUAUUUAUUUCACAAGUCUUGAGAACUACAAGGUAGUGAUAGAUGCUAUUCUUUCGGCUAAGGCGUCUAUUGAUUUGUCUGGUGGAGAUCCCAUUGAAUUUGAUCUACCAAACAUUCAGGUUUUGCCUAAACCAGCUGGACCUAGGAGGAUAUUGACAGCUUUGCAUACAGCAAUCCACAAACCAGUUGUCGACCCACAUUUCAGGCCCCUGGCUACAACGCCUAUGUCGCCUAGCAUUUACUCAAAUACAUCUGGAUCAAGGUCUUCCAGAUAUUCGUCUUACAGUUUCUCAAGGUCAUCACACGGCCUUACUGAUGAAUUUGAGAAGACUCCAUUGGAGCAAAAUAAUUAUCUAUCGCCACCACCACUCCACAAACAGUUGACCACUGACUCGCGAUUUUCGAAUCUCAGCACUCAUUCCCGCGGUAGUCAGAAUGCGACUUCGCCUAUUGACACAUCGGCAAUCAAUUACUUCUCAAAUAAGGCAGCAGAACUCGGCGAAGGAAACAAGGGUAUGAUUGUCCAGUCGCACGAUGGAAGAGCAGCUGGGGUAUUCUUCGACCCCACGCGGUCGCCAGGAGAGGAGUCGGACAUGAAUGAAAACGACGAGACAAAUGAGUCGAAAGGUAGUAGAAAUAUGCAGUCAGGACCUCUAUCAGUGCGAAGCAGACGCAGUCGGAGAUCUUCACACUCGAACGCACCUCUCACUCGCCACAGCAGCAUGCGCAAAUCUGCGCUGUACAAGCCAAAUAUCGGGAUUCGGGAGAUGAUUGAAAGGGCUAAAUCGGGCGGUGCGGUUGAAGAUGACGGGAAUGAAGGAUCAAAGCCUAACCUUGAGAGUAGAGCUUCUACCACGGUCUUGGAACAGGUCUGUGAAGCGAACGGACGACCAGUCCCACUCAAUCACUCGCGCUCAGAUCCGCCUCCGAACAUCUUUGCAGAUGCUGCGCCUACAAUCACAUCCCUGCCGAAAUUCACCCUCGACGAGUCAAACGAUAUACCAUCAUCAGACCCAGCCAACGGGAGUGGACAAAUUUUGGCGUCGGCAUCCAAGCCUGAGAACAAAGAAGGCAGCGGCAGCGGCAGCUUUGGAGGUAGCUCACACACUGAUAGAUCAUCUCAUACGACAAGCGCAAAUUCAGUGACUACCUCCGCUAGCGCAAAUUCAACGUCUACCACCACAAGCACUAUUAAGGAAAAGGGUCACUCAUUAGGCUCUAUUGGCAGCACGUCUACCAUUGGAUUGAGUGGGUUGGAUAUACCCAAAUCAGACUCGCCGGAACCGACAGAUGAGCAGGACAAUCCGUUCAAUCAUACACCUCCAGUUUCGAGAGCGGCGGGUGAGAGACCAACGCUGAACACGAGGCAAAGGUCCAAAUCUGUGCUUAAGUCUAUCAAAGAUGCUGCACAAGCUGCGAGACGAGAUGUGCAGAAUAAGUUCAACGAUAGUAGAGCGUCUCAUGCGCCUGUCAACCCACAAGGAAAUGGAUGGAUGAGCGGUAGUAGCGUUAAACCACCAAUCAAUGUGCUCAUAGUCGAAGAUAAUCCGAUCAACCAGACCAUUCUUAAGAAAUUCAUGACAAGACGUAAUGUCAAGUAUGAUAUCGCUCUAAAUGGUCAAGAGGCAGUUGAAAAAUGGCAGACGGGCAAUUUCCAUUUGUUUUUGAUGGAUCUAGCAUUGCCUAUAUUGAGUGGUGUUGAAGCAGCGAGGCAGAUAAGAGCGUUUGAGAAAGACAGAAAUGUUGGUGUUUUUCCAUCUACACCACCGUCAGAAUUAUCAUCGGAGGUGCAAACAACACGUAAUAAUACUGAUGAUGGUCUGAAAAAAGAUACAUACACACCCUCAAUCGCAAAUUCGAUACACACCAAUUUCAAGUUCAGAUCACCUGUCAUUAUAGUCGCACUGACAGCUUCUUCUGCUACAUCAGACAGAGUUGCGGCUUUGGAAGCUGGUUGUAACGAUUUUCUGACGAAACCAGUCAACUUCCAAUGGCUAGAGCGUAAGAUUAUAGAAUGGGGCUGUAUGCAGGCCUUGAUUGACGUUGAUGGUUGGCGCUUAUUCCGUAUGAAGCGCUUUAGUGCGAUAGCUGAAGAGAAACAAACAGAGAACUCAACUGCGUAG